AUGGUCCGAAACUGCAAUGAAUGCAUAAAUGCGAGACCUAAUCCUCCUAAGUCAGUACUAACUCCGUGGAAAUGGCCACAAAGACAAUGGACGAGAGUGCAUUGUGAUUUCUUAGGUCCGUACAAAAACAAAACAUUCUUAAUUAUUGUCGAUGCAACCACAAAGUGGCUAGAAGUUUUUCAAGUAAAUUCGAUGACAGCACAAACGGUCAUAACAAAACUGUCUGAGUUAAUUGCACGUUUUGGCAUUCCCAGAACAAUAACAACUGACAAUGCAAAAUGUUUUAAUGGCGAUGAAUUCCAGUCAUAUUGCAAGACACUAGGUAUCAGGCACUUGACAGGGGCACCUUUCCACCCAGCCUCAUAUGGAUUUGCCGAAUCUGGAGUAAAAAUAGUUAAGCAAUUUUUUAAUAAAUGUUCAACAUCAUUACACCAUUUGAAUAAAUUUUUAUUGAUGUAUAGAAAUACUGUACACUCAACCACAAAUGAAACGCCAGCAAAACUUAUGUUUGGCCGCUCAACACGUACUAUUUUUGAUUUAUUAAUCCCAAACACAAAUGAAGUAGUUAUUAAUAACCAAAUUACACAAAUAAAAAAUUCAGGAAAAAGAGAUAUUAAUAUAAAAGUGGGUGAUUUGGUAUUAGUUAAGGAUUAUCGAAAUAAAAAUGAAAAUUGGCAAAAAGGAAAAAUAACAGAAAACAUUAGUAAAAACACUCAUAAAAUCAUACUAGACUAG